GCAGAACAGGUCACUGCGCCAGAAGUCCGCAGCACGAAAGUCUGCCCCAAUGACGCAGCCGCGAUCUUGGAAACAGCACUCUCUGCACUACCUGAAGGCUUCUUCCGAGUUUCACUUCCUCAAUAGAGAACAAACAUCUUCAACUCGCCGAAUACUUGCCACAUGUGUCUCGACUUGAGGUCCGCUGCCCCUCAUCUUCAAGUUAAUGCAAUAGAAAAUCCGCAAGAGGCGGAUUUCUAAGAAGGCCUCCGAGAAUCCAAGACAGAAUAUCUGCCUCAUGUUCUAAGAUGACGAGCCAAAUCAAGGUCGACUAUAAGUACGGUCAUUUCGUAUCUGGCCUCGAGCUUCAAGACAUUUUGCACAUGUUUAUCAACCAUUCAAUAGCAACAACGCACAACACCCGAUUCCCAUAAAUCUUAAAUCACCAUCACAUCCACCAUGAUUGUAGUCGCAGUCGCCGGAGGCACGGGCGGUGUCGGUAAGACCAUCGUCGAGCAGUUGCAGCUCAGCAAGAAGCACGAGGUGAUCCUGCUCAGUCGCAAGGCCUCUGCCACGCCCGCCUCAGGUGGCGCAAAGAUUGUCCUUGCUGACUACGGCAACAUCGAGGCGCUGUCUCUGCUGCUCGAGGAGCACAAAGUCGAAACAGUCAUUUCCACGAUUGGUCUCAUGGGCGCGGAGGCCAUCCAGUCACAGCUCAACCUCAUCGCCGCAGCCGACAAGGCCAAGUCGACUCAUCGAUUCGUACCCAGCGAGUUCACAGUCUACGUUUCUCCAGACGAUUCUAACGCGGCGGCAUUCGGUGCCUGGCUGGACGCAGCCGCCGCUCUGAAGAAGACUGGCCUGACGCACACUCGUGUCAUCAACGGGUGGUUCAUGGACUACUUUGGCAUGCCGCACACCCCAAGCAACCUCACCCCGCACGCCUGGGCCCUCAUGACCAUGACCUACUCAGUAGACGUAGCUCGCUUCGUCGUCCGCAUGCUCGCCGACACCGACUGGCCCGAAGUCAGCAUCAUCAGCGGCUCAGAUACCACAUUCAACAAGAUACUGGAAAUCGCGGAGAAAGCCACGGGCGCCAAGUUUGACGUCGUCUAUGACGGAGAAGAGAAAUUAAGAAACGGCCAGGCAACCGUCUGGUCGACAGAUUACGGCGCAGGACCGGCAUCGGUGGAGGAGACGCAGGCGAUGAUGGCUCUUUUCGGAUUGAUGAGCGUCAAGGGCCGGAUCCUUGUGCCCGAGGGUAACCGCCUGAAUGACAAGUACCCAGAGAUCCACCCCGUAGGCAUCGAGGAGCUUCUCACCGAGGCCUAG